AUGGUGAUCGCAAUUUCCAAGCAUUUUGGAUGGCCCAUCGACCAGCUUGAUGUGGUGACAGCUUUCCUGUAUGGCGUCAUGAAGGAACAAGUGUUCUGCGUGAUUCCUGAAGGCGUCGAACUUGACAUGUCAGGCUUCGACCCAUGUCUCUACAUCAAGACUUCGGACGGCCAUUGCGUGUUUAUACUGGUCUACGUGGACGACGUCUUGGUGACUGGAAGCUCGCUCGAGCUGAUUGCACACACCAAGGAAGACCUGAAGACACGCUUCGAGAUGACUGAUAGCGGCAAGUGUGCGUUUGUUCUUGAGAUCGAGCUUUUGGACGGUGAAGAUGGCAGUGUGACACUAUGUCAGCGUCGGUAUGUCGAUGAUAUCCUCAAGCGCUUUGGCAUGGAUGAUUGCAAGGCAGUCGCAAGUCCAGUCGACAUGAGCUCUCGACUUAUUUCAAGUGAUGCAACUACCGAGGUCGAUGCUCCUUUUCGCGAAGCUGUUGGUGCGUUGAUGCACCUGACCACUGCAACGCGUCCGGACAUUGCGUUUGCUGUGGGCUAUGUGUCGCGGUUCAUGGAAAAUCCCCAAGAAGAACACUGGGUUGCAGUUAAGCGUAUCUUUCGCUACCUACAAGGCACUAAGACGCAUGGAAUUUGCUACAAGCCAAGUGCAAGGAUCGACUUCCGUGGAUAUUCGGAUGCGGAUUGGGCUGGUGAUCUUACCGACCGCAAGUCAACAUCGGGGUACACGUUCAUGCUACUCGGUGCGCGAGUGAGUUGGGGCAGCAAGAAGCAGCCAAGUGUUUCGUUGUCCACGACUGAAGCUGAAUACAUCGCACUCAGCUUGGCGAUUCAAGAGGGCAAGUGGAUUCAUCGUCUGCUUUGUGAGAUCGUGAUGGCUGCCAAUGAAGAAGGACCGGAACUCAUGAUUCAUGAAGACAAUCAGUCAUGUAUCAAGAUGACGAAGAACCCGGUCAAUCACGGCCGUGCCAAGCACAUCGAUAUCAAGUACCAUCACAUCCGUGAUGAGGUCAAGCGCGGUGAAGUGAAGCUCAAGUAUUGUGAAACUGCGGUGAUGUUAGCGGACAUCAUGACGAAGGGACUUCAUGGACCACGCCACAAGGAGAUGACGACGGCUCUCGGCAUUCGUGAGCAUUCGGAUUGA